AAUCCGCGUUACCAAUUGAGAACGACGGGUCACGCUCUCGUCCUGUGCUUUUUGAAACCGGCUCUGUCUUUUAUCGCCUUUAAACGGUCUGAACAGCGAGGAAACUGUGUUGAAGUGUUUGCCAUAAAACCAAGUCUCAGAAGAAACGAAUUCGUCUGACUAAAAAGUUACUGAGAAAUGGAACACAUCAGGGUUGAAGAAGAAGCUGCAUACCGGGAAGCUUGCAGGAAGCUGCUGUUCAGUGAUGGUACCAGAACUGCUCUUGUUAUGUUGUCUUUGCUGACCCUUUUCCCUGUUGGAAUCGUCUCCAUUGUUUUCUGGAUAUUGGCGCGAAAGGCUGGAGGAGAUGGCAAAAAAAAGAAGGAGGUUGAGAACUAUCAUGAGGCUGAGACAAUGGCACUGACGUCAAUUUCAUUUGGCUUGUGUGUUGUGCUCACCAUUCUGAUCUGCAUCCCUCAGUUGAAGCGAGGAAUUUAAACAAGGGCUACAAAAAUUCCAAUAGUAUACUUUCCUUCAGUGUUUAGCCUACAUAUUUUGUACUCAUAUCUCCAUUGGAUCCCAACUAUAGAUAUUACUAUAAAAUUUUGCUGAUUUAUUAAGGAUGAUCUUCCUGAAACUCACUGAAAAAAAUUUUUCGGUUUUGCUUGCCUUUUUUGUUUUGGUUGUUUUGUUUGUUUUUGCUUUUUGUAUAUUUCAGUCUUCCUACUUUUUAAUGCCUUUUUGGCAAAAUUAAGUGCUGUAAUUUUUAUUUAUGUAAUAAUGGUAAUUGUAUACUGUUUGGCAUGUUUAUUCGUUGUAGAUGAAAAAAGAACGACAGUUUCACCAUAAAGGAUUCCUUUUUCCAUCUCACACUUGUUGUUAGAUAUUUCAAACUGUUUAAAUUACCCUGAAUAAUUUCGGAUCAUUGAAGUAUUGAUCACUCCUUCUCAGCAUUUGUCAUCGGAAUUUUACAGUAAGUUAGCUUCAUUUGGCAAGGAAAAUAAUUACCCGGGAUAAAUUACAGCCGUGCAAACCUCUAGCGCCGUUCAAUGGUCUAAAGAGAGACUCGUUUGUUUCUCGUUAUAGCUUUGUAAAAAUAGUUUGUUGGAGGAAAGAUUUAGUGCGAUUUAAAUAAAGGAUUAAAAAGAAAAA